AUGGCUGGCUCUUCUCCAGAGGAGCCGUCGGAGCCAUCCGCAGAGAAGCCUUUGCAUUCUACAGAUCGACCCGGGCUUGUCCCUACCCAGGAUUUAUCGCAUGUACCGGAGCCACUGCCACGACUGUCGUAUGAACAGGGGCCAGUAUAUUCGGGAUCUCCCGGGCUUCCUGGGGCGUCAUAUCCACUCUCGGCACUAGAUACUACUCCGACAGCAGCUCGCUCACUGGCGCAGAAAUCAACAAGGCGUACCAAAGCUCAUGUGGCAUCGGCCUGUGUCAAUUGCAAGAAGAAGCAUCUCGGAUGUGAUCCAGCUCGUCCUUGUCGAAGAUGUGUUCUGGCUGGAAAAGCGUCGACAUGCGUGGACGUCACGCAUAAGAAACGGGGAAGACCCCCUUUGAAAGCAGAAGAUUCGUCAAUGCGGUCAUAUACAGCACAUCUAGAGAACCCAGCUAUCCUAGCAGAGGCCCAACCAGGCAUUCAAACUCGCCGGACACCCAUGCACAGGGCCACUUCUUCACGAGAAUUAAGACCAAUGACCGAUCUCCAAGGACUGGAUGCAAGCCCAGCACGAACGCCACAUCGCUGGUCUGCUUCGGUAUUCCCUCUAACCCGACCUAUGGAUCCAUCUCCAAUCUCAGGCGUGAGUCGACGACCAUUCUCUUCAUCCGGACCACCUCAUACAGUCCCAACCCAUCCACCUUCAUCAUAUAUUCCAAUGGCAGGCGGGUUCAAUCCAGCACUCAAGGUAAACACAAUGAGCGGCAUGGAGCGAAGGUUCCCAACAUACGGCGUCCCAGGAUUACCACCACCAACUUCACCACCGCAACACCAACCCCCAGGUGUCCCCACAGGCUUUCUUCCAUAUGCAGAGUCCCCAAGUAGCGCCAACACAAUUCGACCACCAAUGAACGACCCCCGAGUCCAAGUUCCGCAAACGCUAUCCCCAAGAGAUCCCUACGCAGUCGAAUCCCCAGUCCGACUGCCUCCAAUUCACCAAGCGACGGCAGGCUCAGGACCACCUCCUCCUCCUCCUCCCCCUCCCCCUCCACCACCACCACACCAUGUCCACCGUCUUAGCGAUCCCUAUCCAUCCUCAUGGGCCAUCCCAAGCCGAGACGAAAGCCUCUACGAGCCACGGCAUCUUCCACUUCACAGAUCCGCCGGCCCAACUUUCAACUAUUCCCUCCCAACUCAGCAGAGCCAUACACACGGCCAUCCGCAUCAACGAUCCGGAUCCAUGACAGGCUCUUUAGAUCCCAUACCACGCCAUCUAGGGCCCGUGGAACUCCCAUCACCUAUCCAAUUGACAGCGGGUGUUUCGCCUUCAAUGCCGCGAGCUGAGGCACCACCUUCUGAGGCAGAGGGCGAGAAUAGACCUGUCAAACGGCGCAAGAUGGCGCUGGAUGAUAUGGUUAAUGGCUGA